GUGUAGCUGGAAGGGAAAACAGCCAGUGCGUGGGGCUGGGCUGUGGUCAUGGCUGCGGUGUUUUAAAAUCGCAAAUCACGCCGAUACUCUUGUUUAAUACUCGUGUAUUAAUGCGUAGCCUUCACAGCAUGAGUUAGAAACUGUGCUGCGCGUGUGCCAGUGCACUGAAACAUGGGUCUUUGCAGUGCCCACGUCCUCCUGCUGCUCUGGCUGCAGGCUCUGCAGAUAUCAGCUGAGGGCCCAGAGGGACAGCUGCUGUGUCUAUGUGAAGGCCCUAAAUGCCCCCAGGCCACUCAGUGCCAAGGUACCCGAUGCUUCUCCUCUGUCAAAAUUACUAAGAGCGAAGUUUUGUUUGAGCGUGGCUGUUUGAAAGACCAGGACAAAAUCCAGCUCCAGUGCUCCACAGCUUCGUCCUUCCACCAGGCUAUUCUGUGCUGCUCCCAAGACAGGUGCAACGGCAAUACCACCAGGAGCUCUCUGAUGUCUUUGCUACCAUCAGCUCCAGAAGGUGAGCCAGUUCGGUAUCGUGUGGAGACAUUAGCUCUCUUUGUACUCGGCCCAGUGGUGGUUCUGGCUCUGCUGUCUGUAGUGUCAGUGCUGGCUUGCAGAAGGCUUCACCACGGACGCCUGCAGAGGCUUCAGGAGUUUGACACUGAGCAGGGCACCAUAGACGGUCUCAUCACCUCCAGUGUUGGAGACAGCACGUUAGCGGACCUGUUGGCUCACUCUUGUACGUCAGGCAGUGGUUCAGGUCUUCCCUUCCUCGUUCAGAGAACUGUGGCCCGGCAGAUUAGUCUGGUGGAGUGCGUAGGCAAGGGACGAUAUGGAGAAGUGUGGCGAGGCCAGUGGCAGGGUGAGAAUGUGGCUGUGAAAAUCUUCUCCUCAAGAGAUGAGAAGUCUUGGUUCAGAGAAACCGAGAUCUACAACACAGUGCUGCUGAGACAUGAAAAUAUACUGGGGUUCAUGGCGUCUGAUAUGACUUCUCGAAACUCCAGCACUCAGCUGUGGCUCAUCACCCAUUACCAUGAAAAUGGUUCACUUUAUGACUACUUGCAGCGAGUCGCAGUGGAAACAUCAGAAGGUCUGGCAAUGGCAGCAUCUAUAGCAUGCGGCCUGGUGCACCUGCACACAGAGAUCUUUGGCACAGAGGGGAAACCGGCCAUCGCACACCGGGACCUGAAGAGUAAAAAUAUCCUGGUGACUAAGGAGCUGCGGUGCUGCAUCGCAGACCUUGGGCUGGCCGUGACCCACUCCCAGGCCGACAAUCUGCUGGAUGUGGGCAACAAUCCGAAGGUUGGCACCAAGCGCUACAUGGCACCUGAAGUGCUGGAUGAAACCAUUCAGACAGAUUGCUUCGAUGCUUACAAGAGAGUGGACAUAUGGGCCUUUGGACUGGUGCUGUGGGAGAUAGCGAGACGCACAUACAGCAAUGGGAUUGUUGAAGAGUACAAACCUCCGUUUUACGAUCAGGUGCCAAACGACCCCAGCUUUGAGGAUAUGAGGAAAGUGGUGUGUGUGGAACAGCAGAGGCCCUUCAUUCCUAAUCGAUGGUUCUCUGAUCCUACUCUCUCUGCUCUGGUGAAACUGAUGAAGGAAUGCUGGUACCAGAAUCCCUCUGCCAGGCUUACAGCACUGCGCAUCAAGAAGACCUUAGACAAGAUUCACAGCUCUCUGGAGAAGGGCAAGGAGUCGUGAGAGGGUGACAUGUUUCAGAGGCAGCCGCCUGGUGUCAUGGAUUGGCUUUAACAAGACUCCCAGUGUUUGUUAAAAUGAGAAAAGGAGAUUAGGCAGAUGGAAAGAGGACUAGAGGAAAGAGGUGUUCCAAGAGUCAUUCAGCCUCAUCCUUCUCUCACUUUUUCUGUGGUUGCCUUCCACCAACAUCCCUCUGUUUGACUUGAAGCCCACACAGACAUUUGGACCUGUCGUGUCUGAAUAAGCCAGCCUUUGAUAUGAGACACAAACCAGUUGCCAGUGUGUUUUCACUGACCUGAACUAUGGAUUGUUACUGAGUGUGAAUGGAUGGUAUAUUCUAGUAACCCUAUCCCAAUGCUUUGUUGCCCAUGUGAGACUACACUGGGUUUUCCCUUCCAACACUACAAACACUACAAGGCUGAGUGUCUGAACUGAACUGAAAUUCAGUUUCUGAUCUCCAGCCAGCAUUUUGGCAUUCUGCUCAGAGACAAUCAGAAAUAUAUCACCCAUUUAUUACUAUCAGCUCUCACCACAGAAACACAAGAUGUUCACUUAUAAAAGGAAAAGAGCCAAUAGAAUGAAUUCUUUUAAAAACAAUUUUUCUUUAAAAAAAAUAAAAACUAGUAUAUGUAUGUAUUGAAUCGCCAUUGCUACCACACUACUGAAGAUAUAGACUGAUAUGCGAUGGCGUGUGAAACUGACUGCGUACACACAUACAGGCAUUUACUCUACUGGAUUUCCUGUACACUUAUUGUCAUUAUUCGAUUGAGUAGGAAAUGAUUUGUUAAGAAGUAGUGAACAAGGGUAGGGAAAAAAGGUCAAAACACUACAAACAUGUUUAUCCUGGUGGUUUGUGGAAUAGAUACCUGCCAAUAGGAAGUAGUGUGUAACUUGUGAUAGGAAUAUGAAAUGAGCUGAUCCUCUGUGUGGCACACUUUAUAAACUCACUGUGGCUGAUUCUGAAAGUCUUCUGUGUAAGCAGGGAGGAAUCACGAAAGAUUUAUUUGUGGUCAAGCUAGUGUUUAAAUUUUAUGAUGCUGGAGGUGAAAUCUUUCAGGAGGGAGCUGGGCCUCUUAUCUCUAGUAAUGCCACACUGUACAAGUUGUCUGAAUAACAGGAAAAAAAAAAAACCAGACAUUUGGAAACAUUUAUUGAAGAUUUGUUUUAAAUCUAGAAAGUUGCCUAGGUGUACAAAGGAUUUCGUUUUCAAAUGCUGGCUUUGUUUUGGAGGAAAAAAAAUUGCUUUGUCUUUUUUUAUAUGUAAUAAAACAUUUACUGCACUCUUGCUUAAUGAA